GUUUAUAAAUACCAUUUGGAUAGGAAUUGGUAGGGUUGACUACAUUAUCAAUGUUAGAAAUUACUGUAUCAUUGUGAGUAGCAAAUGAAAUUAUGUCUAUACAGUCUAUGAAGCCUGAUCUAUGCCAGAGCCCAGAGAAUUCUGACAUUGUAAAUUUUUAGAGGUAAUAUGCAUACACCUGAUUCUGUGACCUGAAACUGACUGAGCCUUCCAUUUGUAAUACAGCUCAGUUUUUUGACCAAGCAAGAGAAGCAAUUUUCUUUUCUGUUUUUGUUCUGCUGAUGAGCAAGUACCCAAACUUCAUGUUAAUUUUUAAAAAAUUUUUAGAGCUUUCAUCAAGAUGGCAGGUCUAGAUGAUUAUCAAUUUUAUGCAACAUUGCGUGAUCAUAAUAACCCAUUCUGGAAGAGAGCUGACUCAAAUCCUGACUUGAUGACUAGUGAUAUGUCAGACGGGCCUGAUCUUCCAUAUCAGCCAAAAUUUGAAAAUGAAACGCGAUAUCCACGCCCAAGUGAUCUUCCUGAGAGACUUCCCUCAACUCCCAAAUCCCCUAGGGAUCGUGGUGAAGCCAUAGCUGGGAGGUAUGCUGAGUUGUCCAUUAGCAUUGUGAGUUUGAUGGGAGAGAACCUGUUGAGUCAUCCAUUCACUGUAUUGCGCAGAGUCUGCCAGGUUGAUGUUAGCAGUAAGAGACAACAUCUACUCCCUAUAACCAUAUUGUAUGCAUCCAUGAAGAGUCAGCAAGGGAUUACAGUACUCUGGAAAGGUCUUGGAUCAGUUCUCAUUGUCAAGGGGCUGACCAUGGGAGUUGAAGAUGUCAUCUCCAAGUUUACCCCUCUCCCAAAAGAUGUUUAUGCAGGCAGCUCAGUUCGAACAGUAAGCCAGCACUUGCUGCUCAAGUGUCUCUCCCUUGCUGUGGUGACACCCUUCUUGGCAGCAUCUUUGGUAGAGACAGUUCAGAGCAGCGUAGCAUGUGAGAGUCCAGGCAUCUUUGAUGUCUUCAAGGAGGGCCUUACCAGACUGCUCUCUUUCACUCAACCACAGAUUGGUCGGCUGCUUCCUAUAUGGCUGGUGGUGGUGCCAACUGUGACGCAUGGUCUCCUGCACUACAUCAUUGGCAAUGCUGCCUCCACCCUAGCGCAGCAUGCUUGUCAUGCACAGUACCUGCAGAAGCAGGGCGCUACAGCACGACGAGAAGGAGCCGUGGCCAAGAACUAUGUCUCAGGAUCUUUCAAUGACACGAGCACGCGACUACAUGCUGCUUUCUUUGGACACUUGGUUGCUGAUGUUCUGCUGUAUCCUAUGGAGACACUUGUUCACAGGCUGCAGCUGCAGGGAACCCGCACCAUCAUCGACAGCCUGGACGCUGGCUAUGACGUCCGUCCUGUGCUCACGCGCUACGAGGGCUUCUGGGACUGCCUCUCCACCACCAUCAGGGAUGAGGGACCCUUGGGGCUCAUGAAGGGGUUCGGUGCAGUGUGCCUGCAGUAUGCAGUGUACGGUGCAGUGCUCAAUAGUCUAGACUCAGUGCUGCGUGCAGGGGUUCGGUGCAGUGUGCCUGCAGUAUGCAGUGUACGGUGCUGUGCUCAAGUUCGGCCACGUCAUCGUGAGGGAAGUAAGCCACGCCUUCGCGGGACCGUCGGCCGCCGCUGCGCCUAAUCAAACCACCACCUCACCCCCCACACCCAGGCCCGUGUACACCUUCCCGGGGGACAGCGGUCGUCCCCCCAGAAUGGGAGGCAGAGGCUACCCUCCCCCCCUCGUCGACUCCUCCCCCCUUAACCUCUCACCCCCCUCUCGACGGGCUUCCCCGCCCCUGCCUCCCAAAUACGGCGUUCAAGACCUAGCCGAUUUUUAGCUACAAAAUUUAGUGUAUAAUAGUUUCGAUGCAUUAUUAUUCGAAUUUCAACGUUAAUAUCAUAAUUAUUUUCUCUGUGAUUUUUCUAAUAGUCAUCUAUUGAUCGUGAUAACCCGUAGACUUCAUUGAGAUGCAAUCAUUUGAAAACGUAAAAGUGCUCUAAAAUUAUCACCUGAAUCACGAUUAAGGUUCUUUCGCUCCAUGUGAUUCAUUCACAGAUUUAUUCUCCUUAAAUUGUUAAUGUAUUGAAUAUAUUUUACUCAGUAUAUUAUUUGCCAGAACAAUUGUAGGUACUGAGAUUAGUUCAGGUUAUCAUUUUAUGUCAAUAUUUGCUUGUACGUCUUUACGAAUGUGCCAUUUUGAGCAGGAUUUUAUGCCGUCAAUUUGUAGAAUGUUCCCAUUGUGGACAAUUGAUUAGUGCGAAUUUAUAAUUUGCCGAGUUUAUUUGUAGCAGAGGAAGCAUAUAUGUUACGAUUUAGUUGUAACUUGAUUUGGUUGAUAUAAAUCUUACUCGAAACAUUUCAAGGCUUUUUAUGUACUUGACCUAUUGUGGUUUACAAGAGAGUAGGCAAUGUUCUCAGAAUAUUUUGCCACUUCCCUAAAAAUGAACCUUUUCCUCACAUGACCUCCGCGACUGUGUUGGACUCUUCAAUGGGUCUUUUGGUCCCUGCCUUUUCAUAAAAAAAUCCACGGGAUUUCGCAUUUCUACGAUUUUAGUUCCUGAGCGACCCUCCCUAGAGCUCGUUGUCUGGGCUGCGAUUAAAUAUGUUGUCUCGUAGUUAUUAUUUUCAUUUAUUUUCUCCAUUUUUAUCGUGUGUGCGGAAGACGCUUCGUUUCUGCGACUUAUAUUGCGAGGUUUUUCGUUUCUGUUGUUGUUAAUCCAUCACCUUUUCAGUCUUCCUCUCAAUAAAUUGCUGACGCUCUUCUCCCUUGCCUGCCUAAGCACACUGGCUCUUUGAGACCAUCCGCCCCUUGUAGGUGAGGAGUAAUCUGGAUAGCAAUAUGUGAUGACUGAGACCUUCAACAUUGUUGGCGAUGAUUACUUAGUGACUCGGGGUGUGAUGGAUGCAUAGCUGGCAUGCUAAUAGCCCUUUUAGUUAUACCAUUUCACUACUGUAGAGUCUGUAGUUGAGAGUUCUAUAUUCUUCAUUAUGACGUGCAAGUAUCACUAUACGCUACUCACUGCUUGAAACCGAUACCAAUGCGUGAUGGUGAACGAGAGCUUCAUCAUGUCUAUUGCGUUCAUAUUUCUCUCUAACUAUGGUUCCUUGCGCGAUUGCACGUAUGGUGAUACUGUGUACAAUGGAAGACAAUUGUAAACUGGUUGCCGCGCAAGUCCUAAGAAGUCUACUAUAAUCCUUGAUUUGAAUAGAUAAUGAUCAAUUUUAAUUCAAUUGAGCACGUUUGAAAAUUCUGUGAACGUCCCAUUUUCACAUCGUGAAUGUUUUAAUUUCUCUUGUCCUUUGAUUUUGAUAUCCAAAUUUUUAUAGGGAUGUCGCAAGUCCGCAAGCAAAUAAAUUGUAUUCAAAUUGAACAAGCCAAUUGUAGACUUUAAACCUAAUAAAUUGUCACCGUUGAGCUUGCGAUCUCUCUAAGCAAUGUUCAGAGAAUGCAGACUGAGGCUGAAUGACUGACUUUCCUAGUCCCUCUAGUGUCAAUGAAGAGUGCGCCUCUAAAUGACACCAUGAGAAUGUGAAUUAUUUUAAAAACUUCUGGUUAUCUCAUUUGUAAUAUCCCAAGAAGCAGAUAAUAUCGUAUAAGCAAUAGCUUAACUUCUUUCAUAUUCUACAACAUAUUUUUUGCAUUCAAAAGAAAAGUAAGUAGGUUUAGCUGAUGUACGUUGGUUAGUUUAUAUUGAAUAAAAAAGAACUGAAAUUGUUUCGUAUUUUCAGGUUUUUCCGCUCGUGGACUGAGGUAGUGGCUCAGCUCUACAUUAAUGAUGGUGUAGGUUGUUGCUCAGAAAGUGUAUAUAUGUACCCAUUAAAUAUCUAUAUGAAUUACUGUGA